AUGAAUCUAUUAGAUAUCGUGAACCAUUUUCUAUAUAUGAUAAAAAUUGAUUCAUACUUCAAAAAUUCUACCGCAAGCACUGAUGAAAUUGCUGCUGCACCACAAUUAUUCAAAGUUCAGAAGUCAUUUGAAGAUGACUACUUUAGUGAGCGUUAUAUUUAUGAUAUUCUUGAAUUCCACGAUGAAAUAACUGACGAAGAAGAAUUCAGCGAUGAGAUUUUAAAUGAUAAUGAUAAUGAAGAUGUUGAUAUCAAAAAUCGUUUUACAUAG